UGACACGCUUGUGGGGUAUGUGUCUCCAUUGUGUUAGGUGACUAAAAGCAGAACAGAGAAGAGAACCUGAAGUCACACGACUCGGCCCUGCUGCCUCUGCUGCUCUGCGAUCAGCAACGCGGAGAUCUGCUGGGAAGGGGAGUGUUAUAAUGUCACUGAACGACAACAACAAAACACCCACCUACACCCACACACACAGCACAGCUCACGGCCUCCGGAGCGGUGACUCAGGCCGGCAUGUUGGGUGUUGCUGGGGGUUUUCUGACCUCUUGGCGUGGACAUAAAGCAGGAGGACGGACACGGUGAACGGCUGAACAAAGUGUGACAGGGAACCUGAGCAGUCAUGAGUAUCAGACAUGGUACCAGGAGACCACUUAGCUGUGGACGGGACAGAGGAACAGAACAACCCAACUAAAGGUCGUGUGUCUUUAAAAUCAGCUCAGGAAGUCCUUCCAGCACGUGACCCUGUUAGCAGAGGAAAUACCAUCGUCACUGACCUCAUUAGCACCCAGCCUCUGCCUGCUGGGAGCUCGCAGGACGCAGCAGGAUUUCAGAAGCCUCAGUGUGACGUGCGGAAGCCCACCUGCCCACAAUGUGGCCUCUUGGUCCCAGACCACAGACUCCCCGCUCUGUCCCCGGGCCUGAGCCAACGGGAGGGCUCAGACUCAUCUGUGCACAGCAGCGGCAGCAGGAAGAGCAGGAACAAGACGGCUGGACCUCACCAAGCCGCUGCUACACAUGCUGACUCCUGUGUGCAGCUGCUGCUGGCGUGCCUGUCGUGUCAGGGCUCCUUGCUGUUCCAGGGUCUGAUGGAGGCCUGCUCCUCCUGCUUCCACACCCUCUGCAUCUCCUGCUGCUACGCCUGCGCCCGCUGCUGUUCGGCCAUCCAGGAGGCUCCCGUGGAGGAGCUCAACUGCCACACCCACUGCUGCUCGGUGCUGUUCGAGUCUUGCUGUGAGCCGACCGAGUGUCUCAAGUUUUGUGUGGAGUGCUGCGAGAUCUGUCAUCGCAGCUAGGAGUCAGCCGGACCGCGAGACCCGAGGACUAGCUACAUGUGACGAGACCGCAACAGCAGAUAUUAAAACCAGAGAGGGAUUCGUUAGUGCAACAAUGACAUUUCUUGAGGCAAAACAUCCUCUUACUGACCUGUGACUCUUAAAGUUUGCCAACAAGUUCAACAACUCCUUUUGAUCAACAUAAAAGGAUCAGCUGCAACAUUAAAAAUCACAUGCUUGACUGUUCUAGGUCCCCCUUGUGCUGCAAAAAACAGCUCUGACCUGUCAGGGGGCUGGAGCACAGAAACUCCAGGGGUAUUUUGUGGUGACUGGCAUUGGAUCCUUUGGGUGGAACCUCAUGGUGGGAGGCCCCGCCUGGUGGGAGGGUGGAUUCGGCUUAUUCUGAAGCAUCCCAUAGAUUCUCGAUCAGGUUGAGAUCAGGGGAGUCUGCAGGCUGUUGUUGUGGUCCUUGAGACAUAUUCACUUCGCCUGUCAGUGGUUUUAACGUUGUUGCUGAUCGGGGUAUCUUCUAAUUAUUCUUACACCAAAUGCUGCUUUAUGCAAUGCAAGUGCUUCUUCAGUAAAGGGAAUUUUACAUGAUUUCAUGAGCUAAAAGAACAGCUCGACAUUUUUUUUAGCCAGAGGGUGAUAGCUGAACGAAGCAUAACACCCGAAAGAAGGGGGGAAACAGCGAGCCUAGCUCAACUAUCAUCAUCCCUACAUUACAGAAAUUUUGUGAAUUGAUAACCCUAAGAAAUAGUUUGACAUUUUGGGAAAUUCUCUCAUUUCCUUUUUUGCCAGUUACAUUUGAAGCUUGAUUACAGUCAAGGGACUCUUAGCUUACCAUAAAGACUGGAAAACAGCUGGAUCUGUACAAAAGUGGGAAAUCCACCUUCACAGGUGGGUUUUAUUUGCUGGACUAUUUGUUGGCCUCAAAGAUUAUCUUCCUGCAGGCCAUGAGAUCUUGUGUUCUCCCUUUGUAUUCCCAGACUUAAUGCUAAGCUAAGCUAACCGCCUCCUGGCUGCAGCUCUGCAGGCUUCUUACUGCACAAUUAUGAGAGUGAUGUUAGUCUUCUUAUCUUAAUGCAGGAAAGUAAAUGAGCAGAUUUCCAAAAUGACAAAAAUAUUUCAUUUAACACCUGAAAAGAAAAGAAUAAAAAACAUCUGUGCAUUCUCAGCCAGAGGAAAGAGGAAAGAACAGAUAAAUUAUUUACCUACUGUUUGAUUUUCUUUUUUGGAAAAUAGAUUCAAGGACCUUUAAAUUAUUAAAAGAAAUUUGUGAAGGUCACUUGUUCUGUUUGUUAAAUCCCUUUGGAUAGCCUGGGUAAAUAAAACUGAAGCCAGAGUGGGACUCAUUAAUGCCUCUGUGCUGUUGUUCUUGAUGACAUUGCUGCACACAGACUUGCUGUACUGCGUUGUGUACAGGCUACAGUGCAAUCAGGGCUCGGGGUUUAAUAUCACAGAAAAGUCUGUUAUUUGUACAUUAAGUUACAUUUUAAAUUUUGACCCGGUAAGACCCUGAACCAGAGGGGUCUGCCUCUUGGCUCAGUUUUGUACAGGUUCUCAUGUUAUCAGAUUGCAGGUUUGACUUCUCCCUGCAAAGCUCUUUGCAGCUGAGGAACAGGGUGACAAAAAAACUUGUCAGCUCUCUCUUGAAUUCUUUUUCAUAUUUGUCACAUAAAGCCACUUAGAACAUUAAAGGAUGCUUAUUCUCUCCAGAGCUUGGAAGAUCGAAGCUGAAUCCUUUAAAGUCGUCAUGUGAGAUGACAGCAGAGAGGCAGAGUAAACAGCCAAAAAUAAAACAAAGAGGCAAUGAAGUCGAAGCUGUCAAUCUGCGCUGGCGAGCCAAGAGCCUCAUUUAAGUCAUGUUAGCGCAAGUAAAUCGAAUUUAAGUAUCUCUGUUGCCCGCAACACAUUUGGAUUCUGCCAGUGACAAGAAACAGCAGCGACGUCUAAUUCAGAGCGUGGCGAGCGCGCACCAACAAAUAAACACUCAGGUUUGUUCCACUUGUCCCCCUCAAUUUGUUUAGCCUCUCCGCACAGCCGAUGUCUACCUCCACAAAUCACCGCCAGCUCACAUUGUCAGGGGGAAUUCAGAACCC